GAAAGCCCUCUCGGAAUAAGGUAGGCAGAAAAACUCCGAUUCAGCUCGUGACUCGACGACAUGUCUGCUUUUCUGACUUGCAUAUUCUCUUCUGUUUCUCUCUUCUCAUUAUAAGAACCACGUCUUCUCUUCUCCUCUGACGGCGAUUUUAUGUCAGGCUACCUAUUUUUGGUUCCUAUCCUUGCCUUGCCUUGCCUUGCCUUGCCUUGCCUUGUCUUCCUCCUUCCAUUCCAUCUACCGAACUCGCACGACGGGGCAUACCUACCUAUUCCGCUUCGAGAUUUAAUCCGCCCGCGCUUACUCAACCCAAUGUAACACUUGGAAACCCACUCAAACUUUGAGACUCAGUCAUUAAAGUGGGCUCAUUCUCGAACUUGACAUACAAAAGCCCUCCAGCAACAAAUUGCCAUCUAAUCACGCCAUGGCAAAUACAGCUACAGCUACAGCAACAGCAGACAAGAGACCUUCUUUUACCGAGUUUCUCAAGAAGACCAAGCAAAAGGUCGCUGGAACGCCAUGUGAAGGCCCUGACUGUCCCACGCCUCAGCGGAGAGGGAGGAAGAGUAGAGGCAGCGUUGGGAUGAGCAGCGAGUCACCCGAAAACAGUAGUGAAACUUCACCCCAAAAAUCUCGCAAGUCUCUCACUGCAACUGAGAAAGCAAAGCUGCGCCGGACCCAGGUUCGACGGGCUCAGAUCCAGCAUCGUCAACGCAAAGCAGAAUAUCAGAAACAACUCGAGCUCGACAUCACUCACUUCCGUGAACUUAUCGCCUUGACGGAAUUUGAGUCUGAACAACUCAAAAAGGACAAUGACUCUAUCAAAGACCUAUUAGCAAAUAAAGGCAUCACUAUCCCAAGAUGCAAGUCUGGUACCUGCUCUAUACGUCCCCGUCUUACCAAGGAGGUGGUUGCUGGCGACAAUGAUGCUUGGGUCGACGACACGCUGGGCGUUAAGUUGCGGACCGAGGAUCCUACUUUUCAAGAAUACGAUCAAGACGGCGGAGAGAUAUUUGCCGAUAUCAACGUUGACGACAUUAUUGUUACUCUCAAGAAGGAUGAAUCGAUGGAGACGCCAGCUUUCAGUAUCCGAUCAAACGAAUCAAGCAGCAACUCUACGAGUUCGCCACCGCCAUUACCGGAUCUCAACCUGACUCCAGAUGAGGAGCAAAAGGCUGUCAACUUCAUCCUCUCACUUGAACAUAUCUGUUGGGAUCACUUCUUCGUUGGUGACUUUCCAUCUCACUCUCACCUCUCCAACGACGAACCCAAAGGCCACUGCCUCAUGGCGUCUUCACUCUGCAUGGCCAACGCACCUUUGGAUGUAUUUGGUGACCGCAAGCUAGUCUCUUCAGCAUCCUCUUGCCACAAUCGUCGUUCUCUCGGCCUGGAUCCCCACGUACCUCCUGUUCACCUGGAGUGGCCAUCUCCCCGAAUAUCAUUAUCCUCCCUCUAUGGCCUAGCACAGAGUCUCAACCCCGGCGACUUGGAGAUCACUCCUGUACAAGCCUGGUUCGAGCUAGCGUCACGCUUUGACAAGAGUCUUCUGCUGGAAAGGUUAGACUUACUAGGCACCGAACUUGUUGGCGUAUCGAAGUGUCUGGAGUUCGGGGCUGUUAUGGAGAAAGAUGCUUUUGAGAAUGUUGUUGCGAGGGUGUACGGGGGCACUCUUGAAGAAGCCAUGGCCGCUGCCGCGAUUAUCGAUCCACAACUGAGUAGUGUUUGCGAUAUUUCUCGCAUGAGGAAUUUUCAGGCCAGCCUUCUCACGAACCAACAAGGCUUUGUGGGAUAUGCUCAGAGCUAAGGUGUUUUGUAGCCAGGAGCUGAAUUUUUUGUGUUGGGUCCGGGUUUUUCGUUUUCUUCUUGUCUCUCUUCUCAAACGGUUUCAUCUCCGUUCAGCCAAUCACCCCCAGGCGCAUUAUCGAGAUGUCUCGUUGUAGGUCUAGAGUAUCUCGGGUUUGGUUUCACGAGGUAUCACUUUGCACAACAUGCAUAUGCUUAGGACAGUUUAACUCUCUUUUUGGAUAUUGUUCCUUUUUUUUUUCUAUCACAGAUAGGUCGCUAGAGAAUAUCCACUCUACGAAAUUCAUCUCCCCCCUAUUAUACAUGAUUUGUCAUCUCUACAAUGCCCUGACUAUACUCCUCUCAUCAAAAAUAUCCUUCAACAAGCUUGAGAUGCAGGCAUCUCGAUCAACUCGGCCCAUUGCGUAAGUAGACUCAAAGGCAAAGAUGCUAAGCUGCCCAAAGAAGGGGCGGAGUACCUUCGCCACCAGUUCAUCCUUUCUAUCAAGGCUGACAUCAUCAUUAAUGCCCCCUGGUCCGAGAAGGGGUCGUCGAGAUGAGCCACGUGCCACUGGGUUGACAACGGAAGAGGAUUGGAAGCCAGAGCUACUGACGGAAGCCCCGAGCUCGUCAGACAGCUCGUCAACGAGGGCUACAGGUUGAUAGGUGGAUGGCCGAUACACGGCAUCGAUAGUGUCAGUGAUGAAGAGCCAUUCAUGAAGCUGGAAAUCAUCUGGUGCCACACAGAUCAAAAGAUCUAAAAGCUUGCAAGCCUGCAAAACUGAGGCGUUGGUGUAAGUGUCAGAAGCAGUGCUGUUGUCGGGUGCAGCCACAGAAGAUAUUGCUGCAUGAAUCUCAGCGUUGACAACGGGCCAUAACAUGCCUAGAUGGAUAGCACUAGUUCUCAAUGCCAGUGCACGGAAUACCAUGUAGAUAUCCGCUCUUGUAGUUGAUGAUGGCGAGGAUGUUGACGAGGCGCCCAGAAGCUCAGCCAGCCUACUAAAUAUCUCUGACAGAUCCGAAACGAAUGCGUCUUCAGAGCCCGCAAGAAUCAAUGUGGCAAUUCUCCGGAGGUUGAGUUGCGUC